UAGAGACCAGUGUUGGAUUCAGUUCAUUUGAAGCACGAUGGCAACUCUAGUGUUUUCUCUCAGUCUGACUUGUGUUUUCUUGGGAAGUUUGGCUCAGAUGAAAAAUUUAAAAUCAUCCAUUUACGUGCACCAAGAAAGUGUUUUUCAUCCAGCUAAUGUUGGGGACAAUGUGACUUUGCAGUGUUCCCAUGAAGGUAAUGCAGUGAUGUUUUACUGGUAUAAACAAACUGUGGGCCAGAAACCAAAAAUCGUCUCAUCCUUCAACAAACGCCAAAGACAAAGCAUCUUUUAUAAUUAUUUCAAGAAUAAUUCCCGUUUCAUUCUAGAUGCAGGACAUGGUAAAAACCAUCUGACGAUCUCAGAUUUACACAUUUCCGAUUCAGGCACUUACUACUGCAUAGGCUGUUAUGCAUACGACUUUCAAUUCACUGAGGGACUCACCAUCAGUGUAAAGGGUUCAGGCUCCGCCGUCCCAGCUCUGGUGCAUCAGGCAGUGUCUGGGAGCAUCCAACCAGGAGGCUCUGUGACUCUGAACUGUACAGUACAAACUGGGACCUGUGAAGGACAACACAGUGUUUACUGGUUCAAAGACGCCGGAGAAGCUCAUCCAGGAAUCAUUUACACCCACGGAGACAGAAAUGAUCAGUGUGAGAAGAAACCAGACACAGAGACACACACCUGUGUGUACCACCUACCAGUGAAGGGUCAGAGUCAUUCUCACGUUGGGACCUAUUGUGCUGUUGCCUCAUGUGGACACAUUCUGUUUGAAAAAAAGAAAAAGGGAGAAUCUGGAUCUGCUUUUGGACACCUUCUCGUAUUGGUGUAUGUGCUGAGUGGCCUUUUGGCGAUUACCAUGAUCCUGGCUGUUUUACUGGCGUUUGCAGCAUUUAGGCUGCACAAGAGCAACGGCUGCCCUCAUGUUCCAGAUUUUCAAGGAAGAUUUCCAUCUUCUACUACAAUUACAGAAGAUCCAGACGACCUCCAUUACGCUGCUUUGAGGAAACAUAAGCUCAGACCCCCAAGACAGAUGGAGACCACACACAGUGAUUGUGUUUACUCCGAUGUCAGACAAUAAAUUGGAGUGGAGCAUUCUAAAUGCAUAAAAGGGAUUCCCCUUUUAUGACACACAAUAGACUGUGUCAGGACACAGUCUAUUGAAUUAUGGGUUUCACUGAUUACUGCUUUCACACAGUGUUUGAUGCAGUUCAUGAUGCAUGUUUGCAGUAUAAUAUAUAAACAAGCUAACACUGAUAACUCGACUUGCCAGGAGCCACACUGGACAGGAACACUCAAACAAAGGGGCAAUAAAUCCAUUCCAUGGAAAAUGUCUGCUCUGCCUCAUCAACAAUGUAUGUUAUCUUAUUUUAUUUCUGUCAAAGAUCACAGUUGCUUCCCACUGCAUAUAUAGGUCUGUGUACAGUAGGUGUGCCUAUAAACACAUGAGUGUAGCACAGUGAUAUUACACUGUAGCACAGUGAUAUUACAGUGAUAGCUGCUGCAGAGUGUAAGUGGUCUGUUUGACCAGUGGCUGAUAUAAAUACAGUCACAUGCAGCUUUUGUUUCUCCUCCACCCAGCACAGCUACAGUACAUAGGUACACAUAGGUAAGCUUAUGUGGUGUGUGGUUCGCAUUAAACACACUGACUGGGUGUGGGCAGCUGCUGGUCCAGUGUUUUUAUUUUUAAAAUCUUAUUAACAUGGGUUGUCUGAGUUGUUGUCACCUGCUGAGAGCUCACGCAUUGUACAGAUCUUUGUUGUUUUGUGGCUAUUCUUCUAAAAUAUGCCACAGGCCCAGAGGUGUGAGCAUCUUUAUUUAGCUUCCUCUAGUCAUAUACAGUACGUCUGUUUGGACCCUCUGCUCUCCUGUUUCAGACAGGAACUCUGAAUGUUUUUAUGUGCAACUGGUACUUGUGACCACCCAAAUUAUGUUAUGUUGUUCCAUUAAAAUAUUCCAUCAAUCCUAAA